AUGGUUCGUAAACUCAAACUUCAUGAGAAGAAACUGUUGAAGAAGACAGAUUUUAUACAAUGGGAAGUCGAUCACCAAGGCAAGCAGACGGAGCAAAUGAGGAAAUAUCACAUUACUAAGCGGGAACAUUAUUCAUUAUACAACAAGCUGGCUGCUGAGGUGCGUUCUAUAGCAGAAAAACUGAAGGAGCUUCCAAUGAAUGAACCGUUUCGUGUCCGAUGCGUUCGUGAGAUGUUAAGCAAGUUGUAUGCUGCUGGUGUAUCUGCGGCUUCUUUUGCCAGACGUCGUUUGCCGGUGGUGAUGAAAAAAAUUGGAAUGGUAGACAGCAUUCGUCAAGCAAGCGACUUUGUGGAACAAGGUCAUGUUCGUAUUGGCCCGAAGUUGGUUACCGAUCCAGCAUUUAUGGUGACACGGAACCAGGAAGACGCAAUCACUUGGACAAAUGCCAGCAAGAUUAAGCAGCAUGUCUUGGACUACAACAAUGCACGCGAUGAUUUCGAUUUAGCUUGA